UGGCCGACCGGUCCUGGGGGCUCCGGCCAGCAGCGGGGGUUGGUCGGGGGUGGGGCAGCUCUAGCGUAGCCCCGUACACAGUGGAGAACCGCACUUGCCCCCAGGAGGGAGCCUAGGGAGUGACCGUUGGGGGCUGUGACUGAGGGAGACUCCCCACCCCCAGAGGGUGACCGGUAGGGGGGGGCUUUGAGUGAGGGAGACCCCCCCAUCGCCAGGGAGUGACCGUUGUGGGGCCUCUGAGUGAGGGAGACCCCCCCCAUCCCCAGGGAGUGACCGGUGGGGGGGGCUCUGAGUGAGGGAGGCCCCCCCACCCUAGGGAGUGACCUUUGAGGGGGUUGAGUGAGGGAGACCCCCCCACGCCCGCAGGGAGUGACCGUGGUGGUGGGAGGGCUUUGAGUGAGGGAGACCCCCCCCAUCCCCGGGGGGUGACCGCUGUGGGGCGGCUCUGAGUGAGGGAGACCCCCACACACACAUCUCCAGGGAGUGACCGUGGUGGGGGCGGCUCUGAGUGAGGGAGACCCCCCCCCCGGAAGUGACCGUUGUGGGGCAGCUCUGACUGGAAGUAGCUGGGUGGGUGGCAGGCAGGGAAGGUGCCGGCCGGUGGGCAGGGCUGCCCGGCUCGCGCAUGCGGCUGGGCAGGCCCGGCAGAGGCGGUGUGAUUGUGAGUUUAGCCUCGUUUCCCUGGACCCUUCCCCGCUGCCCUAGCAGGGCACGGACCCUUCAACCGUUCCGAGCGCUGCCGUCCCCGAGCCCGUCCUGGCCGCCCGGAGGCAGGUCCCUCGGCGCCCCCCCCGCAGAUGGGUCUAGGCUGGAGCAGCGCGGAGGAGCGGGAGUCCCUGCUACCGCCGCCGCCACGCGGGGCGGCGGGGGGUCCCGUUGUGCCCCAGCUUCGGCGGGGCCUUACCCCGGCGGCGGCAGCGGCGGCGCCCCGGCUGGUGCCGGUAUUGGGCCGGGUUUACGGGCGGCGCUGGCUCGUGCUGCUGCUCUUCUCGCUGCUGGGCUUCGCGCAGGGCCUGGUGUGGAACAGCUGGGGCCCCAUCCAGAACUCGGCCCGCCUGGCCUUCGGCUUUUCCAGCUGGGACAUCGCCUUGCUCGUCUUGUGGGGCCCCAUCGGCUUCCUGGCCUGCUUCGCCUUCACGUGGCUCAUGGAUAAGAGGGGUCUCAGAGUAACAGUGUUGUUAACAUCCUUCCUCAUGGUGUUAGGAGCCGGCCUAAGAUGUGUACCGCUGUCAGACCUGACUAUAAGAAAAAAUUUGCUACAUGGCUGGCAGCUGUUAAAUGGAUUGCAGUCCAACUGUAAUGAAAUGCUGCUCCAUUCUCUCACACUUACCUGGUUUCUACCUGUUUUCCGUCCUGACUGAACACACACUAUUGCAUCAGCUCUCAAUUAUCUUGUGCAGCAUGUGCAUUUUUGUAGGACACUACUAGUGGUUUCCAUUCAUCCUAAUGGAACUCACAAUCUUGCACUUGCAUCUGAAAGUAGCCUGCAGCAUAUCAAAGACCGCAUUGAGGCUGCGUUAUAUCAGGAAUUUGGAAUGGUCUCCCUGAUAUUUUCUGCAGCACUAGCCUACUUCCCAUCACGCCCUCCAUUUCCUCCCAGUGUGGCGGCAGCUAGUCAGCGGCUCAGCUAUAGGAGAAGUUUUUGUAGGCUAUUAAGCAAUUUCCGGUUUUUGAUGAUUGCGUUAGCCUAUGCUAUACCGUUGGGUGUUUUCUCUGGCUGGUCUGGUGUUCUGGACUUGAUAUUAACACCAGUUCACGUCAGCCAAGUGGAUGCGGGCUGGAUUGGUUUUUGGUCCAUAGUUGGAGGCUGUGUUGUUGGCAUAGCAAUGGCAAGGUUUGCAGAUUCUAUCAGGGGCAUGCUGAAACUUAUACUACUGCUGCUGCUGUUUGGCGCAACACUGGCAUCCACCUGGUUCUCUCUCACCUGUCUUACUAGUGUCACUCACCUGCCUUUAACCACAGCUACACUAUACACAUCCUGUAUCUUGCUCGGAGUGUUCCUGAAUAGUAGCAUACCUAUAUUCUUUGAGCUUUUCGUGGAGACGGUCUACCCUGUUCCAGAAGGAAUUACGUGUGGUGUUGUCACGUUUUUGAGUAACAUGUUUAUGGGAAUGCUUUUGGUUUUUCUCACAUUUUACCAUACAGAUUUAUCCUGGUUCAACUGGUGCCUCCCAGGAUCAUGUUUGCUCAGCCUACUCCUUAUUCUGUGCUUCAGGGAAUCCUAUGAUAGACUUUAUCUUGAUGUCGUUGUCUCAGUUUAAUAGCACAGAACUGACAGAGUUUUGAGAGAGCCCGGAAGUCAAUACUGCAUUCUGCACAUUGCUUGGAAUUGCACAGUUGUAUGGCGGAAAAAGCAAAGAAACUACAAAAUUUUAAAUGUGGUUUUAUCAGACUACGAAGAUAUUUUUUUAAAACAUGUCUUGACUUGAUCUUUAUUACUGAAUUGAUAAAUCGUGUGGUUCUUCAGUUGGGAAUAAGAAUAUCCUAAAAUACACAAGUGGUCUAUAUCUGAUGUGUAUAUUCUAAAGUCAGAACUGUGAUAUCUUAUUUAAAAAACAAUACUUGCAGCUAUUAAGUGUACAGAUUUUCUGUGCCAACUCAAGCCACUUAAAGAGAUGCCAAGGUACCAGUAAUCUUUCCAUCUUCUAUCAGAAUACGAAUAGUGAAUAACCUUUUUUAAAAAUCUAUAACUUAAAUAGGUAACACAUUUAAAUAUUAAAAGGCCAGCAAACAUAUAAGCUAAAAGAAUAUGUUUUUGCUGCACUACAUUAUGUUCUAAUAAAGCCAUUUCUGGUAAGCCUUUGGUACCUGAGUUUUCAACCAUAUUGACUAAUCUUAGCAGUCCUUGAACUGUUAUUAGAAAUCUUUAACUUUCACUCCAGAACAAGUGUGCACUGAAUGAUAAGUGCAGUUUUAGUUAUACAGUAGUUGCCACUAAAAGUCACCUUCGCUGACAGUGGCACUGAAGUUCUGCAGUUUUUCCAUAUGCUUAGAAUAGGAAAGAACAAUGGUAACUCAAAUGUCUCUGUUGAUAAAUGUUGAUGAUGUAAUGGCCACCGCUAUACUUCUCUUUCAUCUCCAGUUAAUACUGUGAACCCCAAUUUCAUGGCACUAAAUAAUGAGGUGUGUAGGGCCGAAUCCCCAGUAAGUUUAGCUUUCAUAAACGUUUUGGGGUUUGGGCUGUAGUGCAUGUGUGUUUUUAAGAUUAGUUUAAAAUUAUGGGUACUAAGUAAUGUUUUUUAAAUACCCAGUUCUUUAGAAGUGGCAUUUUUCUGAAAUGUCUUUGGACUUUGUGAGGUGCCCUUGUUAGCAGCGAAAUGACACAUCAUGUGGAAUAUUUUGUUUCAUGAGUCUAUGAAUUUUGGCAUAACCUGGGAAGAACAGUGCCAAGCAGAAAAUUGUGAUCAGUUUGGCCCUUACUUGAACAGAGAUGCUUAAGAGACUUUGAGUAGUUUUUUUACACAAAUUUUAAACUGAUUAGUAAUUUCUGAAUUCUUAUAAUUCAUUUCAAAAAUAUUUAGGCAUUUCCAUGCUGAGUAUGUUCCUGUACUCUGUUUAAUGUGUGUGUGUGUGCACAUGUAUAUAUGUACAGAUGUGUGUGUAUAAUAUUUAUAUGUUGUAUAUAAUUAUAUAAUAUAUAAAUAUUGUAUGUAGAGUGUGUUUAUAGGUUUAUUUAAAAAUCGUGUAUUUGGAUGGUGGUAUGCCACUGUUUGAACUAAAGCUAUCAUUUCAAUGAAUGAAGUUGCAUGCAUAUACCAACUGUGAAAUGAGUUUUAUUUCACUGAGUGAAUGUCUUUUAUUAAUGUAGUUAUUUGAUAUAGAGGGAUAUGUACAUCUGCAAGGGUGUUGCCAUGUAGUGUUCUGCUUCAGUGAGAAAUCUGAAUCAAACGCACUCCACUCCUUUGAGGGGCUGUGCUCUGCCACUCCUGAGUAAUACAGCCACUGUAAUUCAAAAAAAUAAAAGCUGAACUGUGCACUACCCUUCAGCUAUGUAUCCAUUUGUUCUGUCUGUAAAGAGCGAAUAUUUCACUGACAUUUUAAAUUCAAAAUUGUAUUCAUGCAGUAAAAUGAAAUAAAUUAUUUCAGAUCAUCUGCUUUUAUUGUUUUCAGUGAAAUGAGCAUAUUUACCAUAGCAGGUAAUGGGAUGUUGUGAUCUUGUUUAUUGGCUACAUCAGCUAUUACAAGCUCAGAAUUAUUCCUUGAAAGGCACUAGUCGGACAAUGGAGCUAUCUGUAUUGAGAUAUCCUAAAUAAAUUUAAUCAGCAUGUUCAAGCUGCUGAAAAAAAGUGGCAAAGUACAGCUGGACAUAUCCUUUUACUGUCUUCACCAGUUGAUCGGUACAAAGGUGUUAACCAUCCAGCUUUCUUGGCUAUGUUCUACUAUAUUUAGCAAAAGCCACCACUUUACAGUCCUUACUCAACCAACAUUCCCAUUUGAGCCUGAUGGAGCUUUUGCCUGAGGAGAACUACAGGAGCAGAUCCUAGUUAUAUAAAGAAGUUCUCCUAUAGGUAAGAGUCUGCUGCUAUGAUAAAUAGAAAUGAAUUUUCAGAUUUGAGGACUUCAUCAGAUCAACAUAUCUUUGAGUAGCAAAUGGAGGAGAAUGUGUUGAAGGACCGAGGAUAGGGGAAAUAUAAAAUAUUGUGGCUUUGUUAGCAUUAGAAUGCACUUUGACAUGAUCUUUAAAAUAGCUCAGAUGUUCAUUUGACUGCACAAAAAGCAUUCUCCCCCACUGAAUCCAAGCCAGUAGCCCUUACUCAGGUAGAAAUCCAACCAAAGCAAAUGAGAGUUUGCCUGACUAACAGUUACCAGAGCAGGCUACUUGUUAGUAUUUUUGACUUUGUAAAGGUAAAAGUUAUCUUGGUUAAUCUGGUCUCACUGAAAGAGACAAUAGAAGGGUUUUAAAUAUUGCUUAUAUACUAAUAUUGAGUAGUCCCAGAAAAGAUUCAGAAAUUAAAUAUAAAAUAUUUCAUAUUUAUUAUUUAGCAGUAAAAAGCACAUCAGUUUUUGGAAGUGCAACUUAAUUUUAAUUGUUCCUCUAAUUUUCAGUGAGUACUGACAUUGAUUGAUAUCAAACACGUCUGACCAUAACUGUAAUUGAAUUUAAUAGGAAAAUACUCUAAGAAAAGACAAUAUUCCGUUUCCCCUCUUGGCCCUGAGUUAUUUCCUAUAGAAAUCCAGAAGAGCAAUUUUUCCUAGCCCUGAUAUGUGCAAAGCCACUAGAAUAUGGACAAUCAUGCUGCAUUUUGUAUUGAAAAUGUGAGCAAUGAGGCUGUGCAGUUCCCAUUCCUCUCUUGUAAUAGAUCUUUAUUUUAAAUAGCUAGUUAUGUCCCAGGCUGCUCCUCAGUUUUUCACUUGGCUCCACAAUAACUGUAAAUUCAACUUCCAGCUAUGCCGCUUUUUUCCUUUGGCUGGCUCCUGAGCUGUACUAUUUCUUUUGCUGCUAAUGAGGUAGGUAAGAUUUAGAAGGAUUGGCCUUCACUUCCAUCCUAUUGUCUGUCUCUUUUCACUUCCCUCCUCACCCCAUCCCCCACCACUUCCUCCCUCUUGUUUCCCUUCUCCUUCCUUUAUGGCCUUUUCAGUCUUAAAUGUGUGUCCAUACAAGUACCGUGGAAGCAGAGCUUUCUGAAUUCCCAGUUCAAUUCUAAAGAAAGGGUUGGCCAGGCAUCUGUGAUAUUCAAAGAAAAUUAUUUUCAGUGGUAGAAAAUCACUGAACAUAGAGUGCAGAAUCCAAGGAUUUUAGGUACUGUAAUGUACUGGAUAUAGCGCAUAUACAGAUACAAACUAUAUAUGUAGUUCCUGUAUCCACAGAAUAUGAAGGAGGAAAUUGUGUAGUAUUGUAUUUAAUGUAUACAGGUAUAUGCUACAGCUGAGAUUUUCAAAGCCAUCUAAGGAAUUUUAAAAGAAUGGAUAUUGGGGGUCCUAAAUCCCUGAGUGUCUGGGCAAAUUUCAGCCUAUAUAUGUGGUUUGUGCAUCCACAGUGCUAUGGAGAGACUGUUUUGUACAGAUCCAAUUGUUUGGAAAUGGGCUAGAGAUGUUGUCCUGUCUCUCCAGGUUACAUUUGUCAAAUACAAUUAAAAGUUGGUUUAUUGAUGCUCAGAGAGGUAUUUGAGUGUAGAACCAUGUUAGUAACCAUGAUCUUGCUUAUGACUAGAUUCCAAAAGGUGGUGACCACCAGCAGCUCUCAUCAAACCCAGUGAGGAAUGCAUUCAGUGUCUGACCUGCUGAUGUUCAGUACCUCUUAAGAUCAGACUCCUAUAGAUUUGUCAGACACACUGCCCCUUGUGCAGUCUUAUGUACAGUACUGAUGUGUGAAUUGCAAAGUAACUUUCAAAUAAUGAGCAUUAUUUUGUGGUAACUCUGUUGGGAAAACAGCAGUCACUACAUGGAAACUUGUAUUAGCAUUACCAUGUUUCUAUCUUGGAAACUUCGAAAUUUACCAAAUGCACUGUUGCAGGUAAGAAAGAGACCGUAUUGCUAUCUGGGAUAUCUUGAAGGAGCUGUAUUACCUGGAGUGUGUGUUUAUGGAGAACGUUUGGACUAAGCAAAGAGCGAAUAUAUAUUCUUAUAUUGUAAAAAGAAGAAAAAAGUUGAUCUGUGUGUGUAUAUUGGCUGCUACCAAAAAGGGGGAAAGAGAUAUUUGUGAGAAUUGACUGAUAUGUGAAUUGGGAUUAGAUGUUUUAUCCUAUGGCUUUUGACAUCCUAUAAAGCUGUGAGAGUAGCAAUUUAUUAAUAAAUCUGUUUCUCAUUAAGUCAUUUUUGUAAACUUAAGAGAAAAACAAAUGUCUAGUUGUGGCAAACAAUUGGUUUUAGAUGCUGUUUUUGUAUGUUUUAUUAGAUUGGUUAGAAUCUAAAUAUAAUUCACUAGAAUUGUUUGGCAGGUUAACUACUACAUUGGUGUGAAAAUGCCAGAAAUUCACAACACCAUUGAUGGAUGGAUGUACAGUGUGUAUAGCUGGUGUGAUUAGAAUUUUGUGUUGAAUAUCGUAUUAAAUUUUGUAAAGUACCAGUGUAAACUCUCUCUCUUUCUUUCUCUCUUGCAAAUGGCAGUUACACAAUCACAUAGGGCUAAAAGCUCACCCUAUUAAAAUGAAUGAGAAUUUUGCUAUUAUCUUCAGUGGUUCCAGGAUAUAGCAGAAUCACAGAAAUGUAGGGCUGGAAGAGAUCAUAAGAGGUCAUCUAGUCCAACCCCCUGCACUGGGG